CUUGGGCAUGCUUUCUUCAUACAGAUCGCCCAACCUCUUUCUCCUAUUCUCUUGUUUCUCUUCUCCCUCCCCUUUCUUCCUCCUCAUCUCCCACGGUCUGUCUUCUCGGCCCGCACCAUGAAGCACGCUCAUCUUCUAGCCGCCUUAAUCGUGGCCGUGUUGGUGGCGGUGAGGCACCUGCCGCCGCAGCAUGAGGUCGAGAAAGAGGAGUUGGCGGCGGCCUCCGCCACCCAAAUAGCCUCCCUCAACAUCCACGCUCUGGACACCGACACCCUCCGUCUAGAGACCUUGAUUGGUCCUUGCCUCGUUAUUGUUGAAACUGCCCUCAACAAAAACAUCACCCGGAUGAAGGGGCUGGCUAUCCCGAGGGGAGUGAACCGAGUCGUGUUCAAAACACUGAACACGGACAAGAAGUUGAUGGCCAAGGGAGAGUUUGAUUCGAGCUACACCGGCUUCACGGUAGACAACACAGAUGUCAAGCUUGUUGCCAUAAUCCAAGUGGAGGGUUUGAAACUAGAUGAAGUAGCUCCUGGAGCCUACCGUUAAUGCGGCUAGAAGAUAAGCGUGCUUCAUGGUGCACAUGCAAGAGAAUAGGAGAAAGAGGUUUGGGCGAUCUGUGUGAAGAAAGCAUGCCCAAGUCC